AUGCCAACUGUCGACAUGCACCUUUUGCCAGAUCCUGAUCCUGAGCUUGAUACUGAUCGAGUGAAGAAAUCUGAAUGGCUCAUAGUCAUCGGUGAAUAUAAUACUCCUUCUAGAUGUAUCAUGCUUCCUUAUGAUGGCAUGUAUGGAGGAUUUCUUUGUUAUUAUCAUGGUGUACAUUAUGAUGUAUCAGGUCGUAUUCGAAGGGGCUCAGUCCGAACCAAUCUUGAAGUUCCUGAUUAUGUCUUCAUAGAUGAUAAAACAGUUGUUAUUGGUCGGAAAAAAAUCCGAUCAAAUUUAAUACACAUUGAAGUUUUACUUUCAUAG